GCCCAGCUUCCGCGUCACGGUCCUUAAAGCACCUGCCUGGCCGCAGCGGGCACAAAGGUGCCGCGGGAGCCCUGGACUCGGCCCUAUGGACGCGCUGCCGGCAGUGGCCGGCUCUCGGCAGGGAGCUGUGAUGGGUGCCUCCCAUGAGUCUGAGAUAUGAGUGACCCCUGUGGAAAGAGGCCGGUCCUGGAAGCCAGCCCCACCAUGAGUCUGUGGGGUCCUGAGGGUAACCCUCCGUCAGCCCAGGAGCCUGUGGCUGAGGAGGCCUCUGCUUCAGAGCUGCAGAUGAAGGUGGACUUCUUCAGGAAACUGGGCUACUCAUCUUCGGAGAUCCACAGCGUCCUGCAGAAGCUGGGGGUCCAAGCCGACACCAACACAGUGCUGGGGGAGCUAGUGAAGCAUGGCUCAGCCUCGGAGCGGGAGCACCAAGCCUCACCAGACUCCUGCCCUCAGCUCCCUCUGGUGCCCCGGGGCGGUGGCACCCCCAAACCUCCCACCCUGGAACCCUCACUUCCAGAGGAGGACAAGGAGGGCAGUGACCUAAGGCCUGUGGUCAUCGAUGGAAGCAAUGUGGCCAUGAGCCAUGGCAACAAGGAGGUCUUCUCCUGCCGGGGCAUCCUGCUAGCUGUGAACUGGUUUCUGGAGCGGGGCCACACAGACAUCACUGUGUUUGUACCAUCCUGGAGGAAAGAACAGCCUCGGCCUGAUGUGCCCAUCACAGAUCAGCACAUCCUGCGGGAACUAGAGAAGAAGAAGAUCCUGGUGUUCACACCAUCUCGGCGUGUUGGUGGCAAGCGGGUGGUAUGCUAUGAUGACCGCUUCAUUGUGAAGCUGGCCUUUGAAUCCGACGGGAUUGUGGUCUCCAACGACACCUACCGGGACCUCCAGGGUGAGCGGCAGGAGUGGAAGCGCUUCAUCGAGGAGCGGCUGCUCAUGUACUCCUUCGUCAAUGACAAGUUCAUGCCCCCCGAUGACCCGCUGGGCCGACAUGGGCCCAGCCUGGACAACUUCUUGCGUAAGAAGCCACUGCCUUCUGAACACAGGAAGCAGCCAUGCCCCUAUGGGAGGAAGUGCACCUAUGGAAUCAAGUGCCGAUUCUUCCACCCUGAGCGGCCAACCCGUCCUCAGCGCUCUGUGGCUGAUGAGCUCCGUGCCAAUGCCCUCCUUUCACCACCCAGGACUCCAGGCAAAGACAAAAGUGGCCAGCGGUCUUCCCUUGCUUCUCAGCCUGGCUCUGUGCCCCCAGAGGCAGAGCAGAGCAGCUUGGAUGGGAAGAAAAUGGGAGCCCGGGCGUCCCCAGGGCCCCGUCAAGAAGGCCCAACACAGACCUUUGCCCCAGCUGGCAGGAGCCUCCCUGUUAGUGGGGGCAGUGGGAGCAGUGGGGGAAGCUUUGGGCCCACUGAGUGGCUCCCACAUACCAUGGACUCACUCCCAUACACCUCCCAAGACUGCCUGGAUUCAGGCAUUGGCUCCCUGGAGAGCCAGAUGUCAGAAUUGUGGGGGCUUCGAGGAGGCAGCCCUGGGGAGUCAGGCCCCACUCAGGGCCCUUACGCUGGCUACCGUGCUUAUGGAUCUGAGCUCCCAGCUGCACCUGCCUUUUCUGCCUUUGGACGGGCCAUGGGCGCUGGCCACUUCAGUGUCCCUGCUGACUAUGUGCCCCCGCCACCUGCCUUUCCAGCCCGAGAGUACUGGUCUGAGCCAUACCCAUUGCCCCCAUCCACCCCAGUCCUUCAGGAACCACAGAGGUCCAGUCCAAGGGCUAGCCCCUGGGGCAGGGUGGGUGACCUAGUCAAAGAAAGGGCUGGCGUGUACACCAAAUUGUGUGGUGUCUUCCCCCCACACCUGGUAGAGGCUGUGAUGUCGCGCUUCCCGCAGCUCCUUGAUCCCCAGCAGCUGGCUGCAGAAAUCCUAUCCUACAAGUCCCAGCACCCCAACGAGUAAGCCAGCAGGUGACCCAGGGGGCUGUCAGGCUGUGCUCUGGGAUGUUCCCAGCCCCAGUCCACCCUGGAAGCUGGACAGAGAGAGGAGUGGAGCAGGCAAGGGAAUCCUCAAACCAAAGAUACCAUAGGAUUGAUUCUGGCCCUGCGGUACCUUUCGUCGUCCUGCAUGGGUCAGAAGCGAUCACCCUGUUGAUACACAUUGUAUCUCUGUCAUUUAAGGAGACGCUGCCGGUCAGGCCGUCGGUCCGUGGCUGAUGCCCAAACCCUCUUUUCUCUCAGAGGGCAGAGGGGGAGACCUGGGGAACAGAGGCCUGAGCUGGACCCCACCUCCACCCUGUCCCUGGGAUGCCGGCACCACCGGCUAGUUGGGCACCAUGUGCCUGCCCUCCGAGGCCCCCCUCAUGCCAAUGUGGCCUCAUCCCUGCUCACAGGGAUGUGUAGUAAGCAAGAUGCUUCUUAUAACCCACCUCCACUCAUUCUGUCCACCUACCCCCUCGCCCCACCAGGGCUAUAGGGCCCUCUAUCCUCACCAUCUCUUCCUCAUCCUUCCCCACAGGUGGAGGGACACGUAAGCCAUGUACAGAUAUGGAUUUUAAAUAUUGUAAGUGGAAAGACAAGAAUAAAGGACAUUG